AGGCGCGCAGGGCGUCCCGGCUCCGGAGCAUAAACAAGAGCGGGCACGGGAUGAGGCGACGGUUGAUCCCCGGGCAGCCAGCUGCAGCCAGCGAGGCGGUGAGCGGGGCCGGGCGCCGACCCUGAGCGCACCCGACUCGCCCUCCCGCGCGCGAGCCCUCGGCCGGGGCCACCCUCCCGCCCGCCCGCCGCGCGCCCACCAUGAACCUGGCGAGUCAGAGUGGCGAGGCCGGCGCCGGCCAGCUGCUCUUCGCCAACUUCAACCAAGACAACACGUCCCUAGCUGUUGGUAGUAAGUCCGGUUAUAAAUUUUUCUCCCUUUCUUCUGUGGAUAAGCUGGAACAGAUCUAUGAAUGCACUGACACUGAAGAUGUGUGCAUCGUAGAAAGAUUGUUUUCAAGCAGCUUGGUGGCCAUCGUUAGCCUCAAAGCCCCACGGAAGCUGAAGGUCUGCCACUUUAAGAAAGGCACGGAGAUCUGCAACUACAGCUACUCCAACACCAUCCUGGCCGUGAAGCUCAACAGACAGAGGCUGAUCGUGUGCCUGGAGGAGUCUCUCUAUAUACACAACAUCCGGGACAUGAAGGUGCUGCACACGAUCAGGGAGACCCCUCCAAACCCUGCAGGCUUGUGCGCGCUCUCGAUAAACAACGACAACUGUUACUUGGCUUACCCUGGCAGUGCGACCAUCGGAGAGGUGCAGGUCUUCGACACCAUCAACUUGAGGGCUGCGAACAUGAUCCCGGCUCAUGACAGUCCUUUGGCAGCGCUGGCAUUCGAUGCCAGUGGAACCAAGCUGGCCACCGCCUCAGAGAAGGGGACCGUGAUUAGGGUGUUCUCCAUUCCAGAGGGACAAAAACUCUUUGAGUUCCGGAGAGGAGUUAAGAGGUGUGUGAGCAUCUGCUCCCUGGCCUUCAGCAUGGAUAGCAUGUUCCUGUCUGCGUCCAGCAACACGGAGACUGUGCACAUCUUCAAACUCGAGACUGUGAAAGAAAAACCUCAAGAGGAGCCUACCACCUGGACUGGCUACUUUGGCAAAGUGCUCAUGGCGUCCACCAGCUACCUGCCCUCCCAAGUAACUGAAAUGUUCAACCAGGGCAGAGCCUUUGCCACAGUGCGCCUGCCUUUCUGUGGCCACAAGAACAUCUGCUCGCUGGCCACAAUUCAGAAGAUCCCUCGGCUGCUGGUGGGAGCAUCCGACGGGUACUUGUACAUGUACAACCUGGACCCUCAGGAGGGAGGCGAGUGCACCCUGAUGAAGCAGCACAAGCUGGACGGCAGCAUGGAGACAACCAAUGAAAUCUUAGACUCGGCCUCUCACGACUGCCCCCUAGUGGCGCAGACCUACGGCACGGCUGUUGCCACUGGUACUCACUUGCCUUCGUCCCCGAGCAGACUUGAUUGAAACAACCGCAGAUACCUCAGACUCUGCAUUCCAGACCAAGGCACCUCGCAGGUAACGUUCAGAGGCCGUUUAGAUGGAGGUGGCAGCAUAAAGGAUCGCGUAGAUUUUUUUGGAAUGGUGACAGUUAAGGGUAGAAAUGAAAAGGUGGAACUGUUUGCCCCUCCCUCUUCCCUUUGUCGAGCUUUUGAACCAAGGAGGGAGGAAGGGCAGAGGUGUCUGCUGUGGGUUGUGUGUGUCUGGUCUCAGCAGCCGCGUAACCCGGAGAAGCGGGGGAGGGUGCCAGCUCUGAGUGCCUGACCUUAAGGUCCACCCACAGGCCUGUGGCUGCGCGUCCAGCGGGUCAGGUGAAAGCCUGGGUGCCAGGGGCGCCCAGAGUAAGCUCUGGCUGGCAGAAAUCUCUAGAAAUGCCAGUUGGGACGGCAGGUGCAGGUGCUGUAUUAGUCGGAGCUGAAGGUAGAAUAUGCUUUCCCCUGGAGGCUGGAGGCUGGAAGCUGGCCUGCAGUCAGGUGUGACGGGUGUGGGUCUGCUGGGCCCCACGCAGGACACGCCUGCCACGUCAGGCCCUCGCUGUUCCCCCUGGAACAAGGCGUUGUGCUCCAGGCCUCCUUUGGUGACGCAUUCGGCAAAUGUUCAAGGGGAAGCCAGUGUCAGACGCCCGUGUGGCGGACGAGGGGCCCUGCUUCCCAGAGAGAGCUGCCUUCCCUGCCGUGUAUGCAGUGCUGCCUGGCUGGGUGCCUGCUCGCUGGCUCCCAUGCCAGGGGCUGCGUGAGGAGUCCAAUGGGUUCUGCGGUUCCUCCUGGCCAGGAGUGCACGGCUCCAUCUAUCUGUGUGAUUGGUGGUCCUGUCAGCAGCCGUCUCCUCAGUGGUGGGACAGACACUGGGGAAAGGUGGCCUGAGUGGCUGUGACCAUCGCCGCCUGCCCAGCCUAAAGGGGCACCCACAGGGCUGGCCAGGUGCUGCUUUGUGCCCAGGCAUCAACAGGCCGGAGGCGCGCAGGGGACACUGGGGAGGAGAGACCCAGAAGAAGCCGCUGAGAGGCGUGGUAGCAGGACUUGCCGCCGCGCCAGAAGCUCAGCUGGGACUGGACCCUGGCUGUACCCGACACGGCACUGACUGCUGAACUCCAGGCCAUAAUGCCAGUGGUAACUUUUUAUCGAGUCCUAGCUUUCCAAGCUUCCCAAGGAAUCACGGGGUAGGAACCAACACCUGGAAACCUACGUCACGGCCCUGUGUGGACUGGGACCAAACGCUUUGUGCUUUCUAGAACAGUAAGAGCCACAGGCAGGUUGAAGCUAGAGCCCAAGACUCCCAUGGCAGCCCCUGAUUUAGCCCCUUCCUGUCGGCGUGGCCCGGGUGUGCCCGGGGCCUCAGGCUCCCGUACCAGACUGCAGGAGCGUCCCUGCCUUGCGGGGCCACUGCCUACACGGGCCAUGUGUGCCGCAGACACCCGGUUAACUUUGAAAUAGAGCCUGGUCUGACCGAAUGGAACCAACGGUUCUUCCUCGGUUCUUGUUGGUGAACGCCGAGCUGGCAGGAAAGGCAAAGUAACACUGUGACUAUAAGGCCCAGUCAAGGUCACAUGGCUCCAUCCCCCGCCUUUCCCACUCCCAGAUCCCAGGACCCCAAGCCUAAGUGGGUCUUGGGUUGGAGGGUAGCUGGGAGAGACUGUCCAUGGUCACCCUGCUCCACCAGCGCGGGCCACCAACUCCUGCCUGUCCCGCUCCCUGCCUGCCAAGGAGGGGGUUCCCGGGCUUUGGGGGGGGCGGGAUGGUGGGUCACAUACAGAAAGGACUAGAUGUGCUCAGGUCACAGCGUAACAGAGGGAAACAGGCCAGUCGGUGGCGGGAGUGGAGUCUGUGCGGCCGCCUGCCAGGGUGUGUUUGGGCCAUGCUGGUUCAGUUCUGUGUGUUGCCUGUCCCAUGUGUGUGUGGGUCCUGUCUUGUGCAUGCAGGGAAUGACAGGAGCCCUCAUCUAAAAUGUGUCCGUGACACGGUAGCUAGCGCAGCUGAAAACCCAAAUACGCUCUUUUACAAGUGUACUUAGUUUUCAAGCUAACGGCUGACAGGUGGGGGAGUUGGUGCCUGGGUUCUGUGGUGUCAGGGACGUACGAAGAGGGGGUUCAAGCCGCUGUAUUCUGUGGGGGAGGAGUGCUUCCUAUAGAAUUCUUAAGUGAAUAACUGCUUUCUUACUGGAAAUAACGACAACAGCGCUCAUUGCCAGGCAGGUCUCACGGAUGUAUAUUUGGGCUCCUACCAGGGCCUAACCCUUGGCCCAUAUUGUACCUUUUCAUUCUGUGGAUUUUGUGAAGCACAAAAAAAAUUGGAUUUUGAGGCGUGGCCAGCCCUUCUUAUCCUUCCCUGAUAUCUGAACAGGAAAGUCUUGAAUUUGGAAAAAUUAAAUCUUUUUAAAGCUCAGAAUUUAAA